UAAUAAUUAUAAUUAUAAUAUUAAUAUUAUUAUCAUUAAUAAUGAUUAUACCGAUUACAAUUGCCAAUAAAGUAACUGAACAUGGUGAUAUAUUAUUGGGUGGUUUAUUUCCGAUACAUCAAAAAGGUCAAAAUAGUACACAUUGUGGACCAAUAAAUAAAGAUCGUGGUAUACAACGUUUAGAAGCAAUGUUAUUUGCAAUAGAUAAAAUAAAUCGUGAUCAUACAUUAUUAACAAAUAUAAAAUUAGGUGCAAUCAUAUUAGAUACUUGUUCUUCCGAUACAUAUGCAUUAAAUCAAUCAUUAGAAUUUAUACGUGCAUCAAUUAAUACGGUUGAAGCAUCAGCAUUUGAAUGUAUUGAUGGUUUAACACCGACACCUAAAUAUGAUUGGAAACAUAUUAGUGGUGUUGUUGGUGGUUCAUAUAGUGAGGUUUCAUUACAAGUUGCCAAUUUAUUAAGAUUAUUCAAAAUUCCACAGGUUAGCUACGCAUCAACCGGUACAUCAUUAAGCGAUAAAACACGUUAUGAUUUUUUUGCACGUACCGUACCACCUGAUACUUAUCAAGCAUUAGCAUUAGUUGAUUUAGUAUUAAAAUUUAAUUGGUCAUAUGUUAGUUUAGUUACAUCUGAAGGACAAUAUGGUGAUUCAGGUAUGACCGCAUUUGUACGUGAAGCUAAAAAACGUUCAAUUUGUAUUGCUGCAAAUGAAAAAGUACCACAAAAUGCUGAUUCAAUUUAUUUUCAAUCAAUAUUAUAUAAUUUACGUACAAAACCAAUGGCACGUGGUGUUGUAUUAUUUUUACGUGCUGAAGAUAAUCGUGGUUUAUUGGAAGCAGCACAAUCACUUAAUUUUACUAAUUAUUUUACAUUUGUUGCAUCGGAUGGUUGGGGUAAACAAGAACAUUUAGUAUUAGGUGUUGAACAAAUUGCAGAAGGUGCUAUUACUGUUGAAUUAGCAACAACUGAAGUACAAGAAUUUGAUGAAUAUUUUGCUGAUUUAACUAUUGAAACUAAUCAACGAAAUCCAUGGUUUAAAGAAUAUUGGCGUGAUACAUAUGGUUGUCGUUUUGAUGAUGAUCAAUUUGAAAAUUUAUCAGUGCCUUUAUGUUUACAACAAUUACAUACAACAACAACAACAAAUACAAAUACAAAAAAAACAACAAAAACAUCAACAACAACAACAAUGAUUUAUAAACAAGAAUCUAAAGUACAAUUUGUUGUUGAUGCUGUUUAUUCAUUUGCAUAUGCAUUACAUAAUGCAUGGUUUGAUUUAUGUAAACCAGAUGAAGGUUAUUGUACAAAACUUAAAGAGCUUGAUGGUGAAACAUUUUAUAAACAUUAUUUACUUAAUGUUUCAUUUAUUGAUUUGGCAGGUACUGAAAUACGUUUCGAUAAAAAUGGUGAUGGUCUUGGUCGUUAUAAUAUUUAUAAUUUUCAAUUAAAUAAUAGUCAACGCUCAACAUUAAAAACAAAUCAAUAUAUUUAUAAAAAAGUUGGUCAAUGGAGUGAUGCUGGUUUAGAAUUAUCACUUGAUGAACUUGUAUUUAGUAUUACGCAAGAUGAUGAUAAUUUUCAAGAUAUACAAAUCGAUAGUAUGGAUGGUUUUACACGUAUUGUACGUGUACCAGAAUCAAUUUGUUCAAAACCAUGUAAAGUAGGACAAAUAAAAAUAGUACAACAAGGUGAUCGUUGUUGUUGGAUUUGUGCUGCAUGUAAACCAUAUGAAUAUGUUUAUAAUGAAUCAACAUGUGAAGAUUGUGGUGAAGGACGUUGGCCAUAUCCAGAUAAACAAAAUUGUUAUGAUUUAGAAUUACGUUAUAUGAAAUGGGCAUCAAUGUUUGCUAUUGUGCCAAUCAUUAUAGCACUUAUUGGUCUUAUAUUAACAUUUUUUGUCAUUAUGAUAUUUAUUAAAUAUAGUGACACACCAAUUGUUAAAGCAUCCGGUAGAGAAUUAUCAUUUAUAUUACUUGGUGGUAUUAUAUUUUGUUAUUUAAAUACAUUUAUAUUGAUUGCUAAACCAACAUUAAUCACAUGUGCCAUACAACGUUUUGGGGUUGGUUUUGGUUUUGCUAUUAUUUAUGCAGCAUUAUUAACAAAAACUAAUCGUAUAUCAAGAAUAUUUGAUAGUGCUAGAAAAACCGUACGAAGACCGAGCUUUAUUAGUCCAAAAUCACAAGUUAUUAUUACUGGUUUUUUGGUUAUGAUACAGGUAAUUGGUACAGGUGUUUGGUUUUUACUUGAACCACCCGGUAUUCGUAAAUAUUAUCCUGAUGGUAAAAGAUCUGAAGUAAUACUUAAAUGUCGUGUACGAGAUUCAAGUUUUUUAUUAAGUUUAAUGUAUAAUAUGUUUUUAAUAACAACAUGUACAUUAUAUGCUGUUAAAACAAGAAAAAUACCAGAAAAUUUUAAUGAAUCAAAAUUUAUUGGUUUUACAAUGUAUACAACAUGUAUUAUUUGGUUAGCAUUUGUACCAAUAUAUUUUGGUACUGGUAAUAAUUUUGAAAUUCAAAUAACAACAUUAUGUGUUUCAAUAUCAUUGAGUGCUUAUGUAGCAUUAUUUUGCCUUUUUUCACCAAAAUUAUAUAUAAUUAUAUUUCAUCCGGAUAAAAAUGUUCGUAAAUUAACAAUGAAUAGUGCAACAUAUAAAAAAACAGCAUCAUCAAGUGUUCCAACAACAUCAUCAAAUCACGACUAGAACAUGUAAAAUUAACCGUAUCGGAUGAUAAUCGUGUUUAUGCUGCAACUGAAACAAGUACACGUUCAGUAACAGCAGCAGCAGCUGUUGCAUCAGUUGCAACUGUUGUUAG